GUACAUGCAUGGGCCAGACCGCACCGGCCCCAGAGGCACCAGCUGGGGCUUCUGUGGUCUUCAAGGGUCCUCUUUCCCAUUAGCUGGAAAAUGGCUCCUUCUGGGCAGGGCUUAGAGACCUUGCAGAAGGGACAGACUUUGCCUGGCUCAGGUCAGGGGGACCUGUGUCCUCAACAGGCCAAAUUGGGCAAAAUUCUCUGUCAUCUGCCUGGUGAAGGAUAUGUGGGUCCCUCGGGGAGCUGGGUGCUGGUCCUGUCCCAUUGUCGCUCCAUGGCCCUGGAGACCAGGUGCCCAGGAGACUAAUGCAUCUGUCACCUAGCUGCCGGGAGACGGAUGACGCAUCUCUGUGCAGCGCCUGGCCGACAUUGGAGAUGGCAUCCCCAGGGUGCAACCUGUAUUCUGCCAACCCUCCGGCCACCCAGGGGCCAUCCUUGGCUGGGCUUUAUGCUCAGGUGGACCUCUGCCUGGGCUGCUCCCACUGCACCCAGCGCCUCAACGAGAGCACCUAUGUCCUGCGCACGGUGGAGCACCAGUGUCCCGCUGAGGUGCUGCUGGCCCGCUGCAAGGGAGCGGCCAAGAGUAAGAUCUGGCGCCACGUGGGCCGCCGGCCCCGCUUCCCCCGGCCCCUGCAUUACCAGGUCUGCCGCUACUACAGCCCUGGGCGGGGCUGCCGGCGCCACUGGAACCAGUGCACCUUUGCCCGCAGCCCCGAGGAAGCACUGGUCUGGACCUUUGAGUGCCGGCACAGCCUCCCCCGCCUGUGGCUGAAGGCCGCCGUGCAGGGCUCCCGGGCCCAGGGUGGGCCUGCCGACAUCAUCCGGGCGGAGUUUGGCGGUCGCUUCCAGCUGCUCUGUGCCUACUGCUUCAGGCGCUGCCCGCCCGCCCUGUGCCCCGUGGACUCCCUGGGGCGGUGUCCCGAGCACGGAACCUGCCCCAGCCUCCUCAUCCAUGUGAAUGAGGAGGGCCGCAAGCGGCAGUUCCUGGAAGUGCGGCCACGGCCUCGGAACCGCCGGCCCCUCGACUACUGCAUGUUUGUGGGCCGAGGGUGGCCCUGCCGCCACGGAGCAGCUCGCUGCCAGUAUGCGCACAGCGCGGUGGAGAUGGCGGUGUGGGAAGCUGAACGGCUCGGCGGGCUCCUGCGGGGCGACCUGCUCAGGCCCUCCACCCCCGGGGAGGACAAGCCCACGGCCACCCACAACCAACCUGCCACGCUCCAGCUCUACUGCCGUGCCUGCCUGGUCACCUGCCGCUCGCAGGAGGCUUUUGAGAACCAUUGCUCCUCCUUGGAGCACGCGCAGAUGGUCUCCUUAGACCAGGCCCUGCCCUGGGAGCACCGCGCCCCACCCAUUGGGCUCUCCAAGUUUGAGCUGUGUCCGAGGCCUGACCUCUGUGAGUAUGGUGACAUCUGUGUCAAAGCACACUCAGCACAGGAGCUGCAGGAGUGGAUCCAGCGGGCACAGACCACGGAGCUUCGAGAACAGGCGGCCUGGCAGGACGGGCUAGUUCCCUACCGGGCCCGGCUACUCGCCGAGUACCAGCACAGCAGCAGUGAGGUCCUGGUGCUGUCGGAGAGCAUCCCUGGAGUGUCCAUCACCUGUAACCAGCCCCUGGUACAUCAGGCCCAGGAGAAGAAGGCCCAGCACAGAUGGACAUUUGCCAUCCACUCUGCGGACCCUCUGUUGCAUGUGGCUUUACUCAAGCAGGAGCCUGGGGCAGAGUUUUCCCUGGUUGCCCCCCAUCUCCUUCCAGGCCAGCUCUAUGCACUGGGCGAACGUUUUCGUGUGCCCAGCUCCCCGGCAGAAUUCCAGGUGGGGGUGUGCGUGCAGGCCUCCUCCUUCGGCUCCUUCGAGCAGUGGGUAGCCUUCGACUUUGGCCGCCGGCCCGUGCUGCUUCGGAAGCUGGGGCUGCAGCUGGGCCAGACCCCCAGUCGAGGGCUCCGUGCAAGGCCAGAGCCUGGCCGUCCUGAGGAGGUAGAACGCUGGCACACAGGCAACCGUUGCAUCGUGCGGAGUGUGGAGCGGACGGACGAGCAAGUAGCCCUGAUGGCCAAGUACAAGGCACCUGCCCUGGCCCUGGAGUCCAGCCUCCAGGAUCUGGCCUUGAGUCCCAUCACAUGCACCAAUUACCGGCAGAUGAUGCACCACUUCCUUCACAAGGAGGAGGCCGCCCAGCAGCAGCUGGUGGCCAAGUUGACGUUGAGAGGCCAAGUGUCCCUCAAGACUGCGCUGCAGACGCCGGCCGUGGGCAUGCUCUUCGCUCCGCCUGGGGCUCUUUACGCUGAAGUCCCCAUCCCCUCCUCACUGGUGCCAGACUCAGACCAGGGCUUCCUGCUGGCCCGGGCGGUCAGCACAGCUCUUGUGGCUCCUGUGCCUGCACCCAACAACACGGUUUUUGAGGUGCGGCUAGAAACCCGGGCCAGCUCGGAGCAGGCGCUGUGGCUGCUUCUGCCCCCCCGCUGCUGCGUGGCCCUGGGCCUGCGGCCGGAGACCAGCCCCACCCUGGAGGUGCAGUUCCAGAUCGACCCUCUGACCUUCCGGCUCUGGCACCAGGCAGUGGAUGCCCUGCCCGAGGAGCGGCUGGUGGUGCCUGACCUGCCGGCUUGUGUCCUGCCGCACCCCUGCCCUAUUCCGCCUGCAUUGCCCGGCAACCGCAAGCAGAAGCUAGCCAUGGGGCUCAUUGCAGGCAGCUGCCCCGAGAGCCUGAAGCCCACCCCACCACUGCUCAUCUACGGCCCCUUUGGCACUGGCAAGACCUACACUCUGGCCAUGGCGGCCCUGGAGGUCAUCCGGCAGCCCCACACCAAGGUGCUCAUCUGCACUCACACCAACAGUGCGGCCGACAUCUACAUUCGGGAGUACUUCCACGGCUUUGCCAGUGCCGGCCACCCGGAGGCGGCUCCACUGCGCGUGAUGUACACAGACCGCCCACCAAACCAGACCGACCCUGCCACGCUGAAGUACUGCUGUCUGACCCCGGACGGCCGGGCCUUCCGCCUGCCCACGGGGGCGGAGCUGGCCCAGCGCCGCCUGGUGGUCACCACCAGCUCCCAGGCCCGGGAGCUCCGGGUGCCCGUGGGCUUCUUCUCCCACAUCCUCAUCGACGAGGCCGCGCAGAUGCUGGAGUGUGAGGCCCUCAUCCCGUUGGCCUACGCCUCGCCCCGUACCCGUGUGGUGCUGGCAGGGGACCACAUGCAGGUCACACCCCGGCUUUUCAGUGUGGCCAGGACCAAGGCAGCCGUGCACACCCUCCUGUACCGCCUCUUCCUGCACUACCAGCAGGGGGCGCACGACCUCGCCCGGCAAAGCCGCAUCAUCUUCCAUGAAAACUACCGCUCCUCGGCAGCCAUCAUCAGCUUUGUCUCGCGCCACUUCUACGUGGCCAAGGGCACCCCUGUCCACGCCAGUGGCAAGGUCCCGUGCCACCCCCGGCACUACCCGCUCAUGUUCUGCCACGUCGCGGGCAGCCCCGAACGGGACCUGUCCAUGACCUCGUGGCUCAACGCAGCCGAGGUCGUCCAGGUGGUGGAGAAGGUGCAAGAGGCCUACAAUACGUGGCCGGCCUGCUGGGGCAGCCGCGAGCAGAGGCACAUCUGUGCCGUCUCUCACGGGGCCCAGGUCGGCGCAUUGAGGCAGGAGCUCAGGAGAAGGAACCUGGGAGAGGUGUCUGUGGGCAACUUUGAGAUCCUGCCAGGGCGGGAGUUCCGGGUAGUGGUGCUGAGCACCGUCCACAACCGCCACAGCCUGCUCAGCCCUGGGGCGCCGACCUUGGAGUUCUUCACGGACGCCCGUGUGCUGAACACAGUCAUGACCCGUGCCCAGUCCCAGCUGGUGGCUGUGGGCGAUGCCGUGGCCCUCUGUUCUUUUGGGGCCUGUAGCAAGCUCUGGAAGAGCUUUAUCCGAGAGUGCAUAGAACACCGUAGUGUCUGCCCUGAAGGCCUUUCUCUGGGGCAGAUUGAGCAGGGCGUGGCCCAGAGGCAACAGUGGACCACAGAGAGGUCUUGGGCUGGAGUGGUCAGGGACGGUGUCCUGGCGGAGAGAGCGGGGGGCCCUUCCCCGGAGCACAGGGCGGCUGUGGCAAAGGUCCUGCCGGGGCUUGCGUCUGAGGCAGAGGCCGUGGCAGGGAGACGGGUGGGUCCGGCACCGAAGGAGGGGACACCUGUGGGGGCUGCCGCGGGUGAGAGCGUGGCCCCGCGAGGCCCAGCAGCCCAAGAAACUGCCCUGGAAGGACAGUGGUCUGAGGACCUGGAGUCUGACUUCUGGCCCUUGGACUGGGAGCUCAACGCGGACGAUGCCAUCCUGAAGGAGCUUCUGGAUGAGAGCCGGCAGGUGAUGGUCACGGUGGGGGAGGAUGGGCUUCUGGACACCAUGGCCAGGCCCGCGUCCCCGCAGCAGGCCCAGCAGUACACCAACCUGCCUCAGUCCACUCUGCAGAAGCUGCUGCGCACAGAGCCCGAGCUGUACCGCCGCUGCACCUUCCUGCAGGAGACCUUUGAGCGGGCGUCCGCCAUCCCCCUGGACGACGGCAGUCCCAGCCCACUCCAGGUCAGGGGCCGCCUGAACUGCGGCAUGGCCUUCACGGGGGACGAGGUGCUGGUGCAGGUGCUGGGCCCCGUGGCGGGCGACAGGAGCGUCCCAGGGCGGCUGCAGGGCCGUGUGGUAGGGGUGCUGAAGAGGAGGAGGCGCGAGCUGGCCUUCGUGUGUCGGAUGGACGAGUGGGACCCCCGCAUCAUGAUCCCCAUCAACAGUUCCGUCACGAAGAUCUUCGUGGCUGAGCUGAAGGACCGGAGGCAGGUCCCCAUCCACCGCCUCUUCCAGGGUCGGGUGCAGCGGGUGAGGCAUGAGAGCCUGGCGGCCAACGCCUGGCGCGCCCGGCUCUUCUGGGUGCGCAUCGUCCUGUGGCGGGAGCGUUUCUACUACCCGCUGGGCAUCGUGCUCGAGGUGCUGCCCGAGGCCAGCACCUGGGAACACGGCCUCCGAGCCCUUGACCUGGAGCACGGUCUGAAGGCCCCCUCGCCAGAUGACACCUCGGUGUCCAAGGCUCUGCAGAAAUACCACUCUGAGCUCAGAACGGCCGCGGGCCACAGGGAGGACUGCCGCUCCUUCCUUACCUUCACCGUGGACCCCACGGGCGCCUGCAACCUGGACGACGCCCUCAGUGUCCGGGACCUGGGCACUGGGUGCGAGGUGGCUGUGCACAUCGCCGACGUGGCCAGCUUGCUGCCCAGGGACGGAGCGCUGGAUGUGGAAGCGCGCCGGCAGGGCUCCGUGUUCUACGCCCCUGACCGCGAGCCCAUGCUCAUGCUGCCGGCCAGCCUCUGCCAGGAUGCACUAAGCCUCCUGCCGGGCCGGGACCGUCUCGCCAUCUCCCUCUUCCUCACCAUGGAGAAGGGCAGUGGCCAGCUCCAGCGCCUGCGCUUCGCACCCUCCAUCGUCCGCUCUGACUGCCAGCUGUCCUACGAGGAGGCCGAGAUGCUGAUCAAGGGGCACCGAGGGGCUGGCCUAGCGCUGCCAGCCUGCCUGGACUCCGUGGGGGCCUGUGUGGUGGCAGCCUGCUACUUCUCCCAGGCACUGCGCCGGCACCGGCUGCAGGCUGCCUGUCCCUAUGAGCGGCUGGAUGAGGACAGUGAGCUGGGCUUCCGCGCGGCCCACAUUAUGGUCCAAGAGUAUAUGAUCCAGUUUAACAGCCUGGUGGCCAAAUUCCUGGUGGAUCACGAGCGCACGGGCGCCGUCACGCCGCUGCGGUGGCAGCCCACACCCAGCAGCCACCAGCUGGACGCCGUGGGUGAGAAGCACAGAGAGUUGGUGCCCCUGUCCCUGCACCUCCGCCACCACCUGCGCCCCCGUGGCAGCCCCGCCGCACGGCUGCACCUCUUGACCUCUCUCUGGAAAAACAUCCAGCUAGCCGCACACAGCCAGGACUACGGCCAGAUGGUCGACCUCAUUGCCACAGACGACAUGCACCCUUCGCUGGCUUGCGCCAGCCUGGACUUCCGGAAGGCCCUGGGACGCUCCGUGUUCUGCCGUGCCGGCCGGGGCCGGCAGCAGCCGGCCGGCCACUACUCGCUGCAGGUGGAAUGGUACACCUGGGCCACUUCGCCCAUCCGCAGGUACCUGGAUUUGGUACUGCAGCGGCUGGUUCUGCUGGCGCUGGACUGUGGGGGCUCUGCGUACUCCACCAGGGAGAUCGACAGGCUGUGCCAGGACUUCAGCCGCCAGUAUGCUUGCGCCCAGAGCUACCAGCGCCGGGCCUACAGCCUGUACCUGGCUACCCAGCUCCAGGCCCAGCCUCGAGACAAGCUGGGCUUUGUGGUGGAUAUGGAACCGGGGGCCCGCUGCUUCAAGCUGCUCUUCCCUGCCAACCCGGACACCCUGCCUGACUUCUACCCCGUCAGCUACCGCUCCCUGCAGCUGGCCGAGCAUCCCUACAGUCUGGUGGGCAGGCCCGGCCUGCGGCUGGUGUGGCGGCUCCGUAUGUACUCAGUGCAGACACCCAAACCGCCCCCUUUAAAGCCUGGGCCCUUGUGGGACCCACAUACCCAGGCCAUCGAUACCACGCUGUGGCGGCAGCUGCUGCUGCUGGCGGAGGAGCAGCAGUGGCCCGAGCUGGCCGCCCUGGUCCAGGACCAGGGUGCCGCAAAGACCUGGCCGCACGAGACGGGGCGGGUGAGCCACAGCCACUGUGGCAACGUCACUGAGGUGACUCGCGAGCUGGGCAGUGGGGACACUCUGCAGGUGCAGUUGGGUGCCAGGCUGCAGCGGGGCUUCCUGGCGCCGACCCUGCAGCUGUGGAAAGUAGCACCUGGCUUCAGCCUCUGCCUGGAGCACACGGAGAGGCCUGGGGACUGCUUCUCUGGCCACCCGUGCCGGGCCUCUCAGGACCAGUACUGCAGUGCAGAUGAGUAUGCCCAGGUAUGGGGGCCGAUCUGCUCCCUGGACUCUGCCAUCAACGCGGUCACAGCCGGUGACUCCAUCACCCUGCAGGACGUGCACAUUUCCUGGGAUAGAAAGGGGACCCCACCGGGGCAGCUGCAAGGUGCCUUCAGCCUUGACCCUGCCUUCCUCCGGGAGAACGGCAUCGACACUAACUUUGGCUGCAGCUACCUCUGCAUCCGGCUGGAGGGGCUCCCGGCCCCUCCCUGCCCAGCCUCUGCGCCCAGCAGCCUCAGCCCCCGCCUGAGCAUUGACCCUGACACCUACACCUGGGCGGCUCACGGGCUGGCCCACAGCUGGAACCAGGAGGACUCUGAGGACGGACGGGAGGCCCCCGGGCAAGUGCACUUCUUCAUCCACCACAUGGCCAUGGAGAAGAUUCCAGAGGAGGUGCAGAGACCCAGCACCCAGUUCACUGUUGAGGUGUUAUCCAAACCACUUCCGGACCUCCGCAAGGAAGAAGCUGUGCGUCAGCUAAAGAAUGCGUCCCCGCUGGUCACCAGCAUUGCCCUGGGCAAGCCCAUCCCUCAGGCCUGCCUCUGGCCUGGUCGGAAGCCCCAUGUGAUGGCCAGCAGGUUCCUGGAGCGGCUGGCCUAUGACAUCCCCGGGGGAGGCCACAAGCUGAACCUCAGCCAGAACACAGCCGUCAGGAGGGCUCUGCAGAGGCCGUUCACCGUCAUCCAGGGCCCUCCGGGAACAGGGAAGACAGUGGUGGGCCUCCACAUCAUAUUCUGGUUCCACAAAUCAAACCAAGAGCAGACACCGCCCCGCGGCGGCCCCGAGGGGGAGGGGCCACAGGGGGCGCCGCGCAUCAUAUACUGCGGUCCUUCCAACAAGUCGGUGGACGUCCUCGCAGGACUGCUCCUGAGUAAGAGGAAAGAGCUGAGGCCGCUGCGUGUGUACGGCGAGCAGUACGAGGCUGUCGACUUCCCGAUGCCAGGUGUGGGUGGCAGAGGCCUGCUCAGCAAGACCUCUCAGGAGGGGAGGCCCAACCCAAAGCUCAGGAGCAUCACGCUGCACCACCGGAUCCGACAGCCCUCCAACCCGUGGGCACAGGAGGUCAGGGCAUUUGAUGCCCGGCUGCAGCAAGGGGAAGUCUUCUCUAAGGAGGACCUAGCCUUGUACCGGAAGACCCUGACCAAGGCCCGGAAGUUUGAGCUGGACCAGCACUCGGUCCUCCUGUGCACGUGUUGCUGCGCGGCGACAGCCAGCCUACAGGGCCUGCAUGUGGGGCAGAUCCUCAUCGACGAGGCCGGCAUGGCCACCGAGCCAGAGACGCUCAUCCCUCUGGUACGCUUCUCGAAGGCUGAGAAGGUGGUUUUACUUGGGGACCAUAAGCAGCUCCGGCCCGUGGUCAAGGGCGAGCAGCUGCGGAACCUGGGGAUGGACCGGUCCCUCUUCGAGCGGUAUCACAGGGACGCCUUUAUGCUGGACACGCAGUACCGCAUGCACAAGGACAUCUGCACCUUCCCCUCCAAAGAGUUCUACGGGCAGAGGCUGAAGACCUGUCCCAGCCUGCGGCGGCCACCCAGCCUCCUUGGCCACGCAGGCAGGGAGAGCUGCGCCGUCAUCUUUGGCCACCUGCAGGGCCGUGAGCAGGUGCUGAUGGUGUCCACGGAUGAAGGCAGUGAGAACUCCAGGGCCAACCCAGACGAGGUGGCGGAGGUGGUCCGCAUCACCAAGCAGCUAACCUUGGACCGGACAGUGGACCCCAAGGACAUCGCCAUCCUUACUCCCUACAACGCACAGGCUGCGAUGAUCGGCCAGGCCCUCAAGAAAGAGGGGGUCAGCGGGGUGACCGUGUCUUCCAUCACCAAGAGCCAGGGGAGCGAGUGGCGCUACGUGUUGGUGAGCACCGUCCGCACCUGUCCCAGGAGUGACGUGGAUGGGCGGCCGACCAAGAGCUGGCUCAGGAAGUUUCUGGGCUUUGUCGUGGACCCCAAUCAAGUGAAUGUAGCCCUCACUCGGGCUCAAGAGGGGCUGUGCCUGAUUGGAGACCACAUCUUGCUGCGCUGCUGCCCGCUCUGGUGCCGGCUCCUGGAAUUCUACAAGGCCCAGAAUAGCCUGGUGCCUGCCAAGCAGGUUCGGGUCCGGAGAAGGUCAGCUGUGUGUUCUUGAAGAGCGCCGGCUCGUGGGGGCCCUCCACUGUGGGCUGGGCACUCGGCAUGCUGUCAUUCCCUCUAGCUGCUUGGGUGAGGCCCAUCCCCAGCCAUGGUCACGGUCAGUGACAGCCUUGUGCGGACUGGCCCCAUCCAACCUGCCGUGCUUACCUUGGAGGAACUGGGGCGACUGCUUCCUGCUGGCACAGGGAAGACUGGCCAUGCAGAGUCCAGAUCAGCAGAGGACCCUUCUGCCAUUACUGGGGUAUCCCAGGCAGCAAGGGGGCCCGUGGCCUCUGACCUUCAGAUCCACCUGUAAUUGCCCUGGGAGCCACACAUGUGCCUUACUUUCUAAAUUAAAAGCCAGCAGUCAUUUACUGAGAUGCCAGUAGAUGGCUUCCCUGGAGAAGAAAGCC